UAUGGACUGUCAGUGCGAGUCGGGGGCGGAGGUAAACAAGAUGGCGACAACCUGAGUAGCAAGAGUAACACGAAGAGUCCGAAAAUUUAACUGAUAGACCCAAGUGUAAUAUUCGCUUCACUCAGGAAGGACACAGACGAAAUAAAACCCGAAAGAUUCAUAUGGAUAAAGGCACCAUGCAGUAGGAACAGUGGUGGCAUGGAGGACACCUGAAGACGGUUGGACAUAUUGGAUGGCUCAGUCGACCUCCAUGAGCCGGGCAUAUACCAGAGAUUGGGCUGAUACUGCUGCAUGCGUUUGGCUGUAGAACUGUGCUUGGAUCUAGUCCAGCUGUACACACUUGUUUAUCCUGAGGAAACCUAUGCUGUGAAGCAUGGGCCUUUGACAGAAAUGCUGUGCUGCAUGGCCUUGAAGAAGGACUGGUCGCAUCUACCUAAGGCUGUAUGGUAUUAAAUUCAUAUAAAAGUUAUUUAGACUAAAGCAGAAAAGAAUAACAUUCUAGAAUCACAAUUUUCUUAUUUAUGUUCAACUGCACAUGUAGUACAAAAUGCAUCGUAUACAGCACUAACUUGGCACUGGACCCAACAGAUUCUUCUCUUCUGUUUGCACCUCUUAAGAGAAAAGAGCCCUAAUGUUUACAAAUUGGGAUUGAUCCCCCACCUCCUCCCUCAACUCUCAGGCCUGAUUAUUCUCUCACCCAUGUUCAGUAUUUUGUAAUUCAUCUGUAUUCCAUCUUGUGGAAUUAAAACAUUCGGCUCAGUGCUGAAAGGUUACAAGUGGAUUACUCUACAGCAGCAAUCAUAGCUAUUUGCGAACAUUUUUGCACAAGAGGCUUAAGUUGUGGCUACCGAACUAUCAGUCAUGAGUACUGGCGAGCUGCAUCAUCUUGACUAUCUAAAUGAAAAUGAACUGAUGGAGAUGGAUACUUUCAUUCACCGCAUUGACUCUACAGAGGUGAUCUACCAGCCACGAAGGAAGAGGGCAAAGCUGAUCGGAAAGUACUUGAUGGGGGAUCUGCUAGGGGAGGGAUCUUAUGGCAAAGUGAAAGAGAUGCUGGACUCAGAGACACUUUGUCGCAGGGCUGUCAAAAUACUGAAGAAGAAGAAGCUGAGGAGGAUUCCCAAUGGAGAAGCCAAUGUGAAAAAGGAGAUUCAGCUGCUAAGAAGACUCCAACACAAGAAUGUGAUUCAGUUGGUGGAUGUGCUCUACAAUGAAGAGAAGCAGAAAAUGUAUAUGGUGAUGGAGUAUUGCGUUUGUGGGAUGCAAGAAAUGCUGGACAGCGUCCCAGAGAAAAGGUUUCCAGUAUUUCAAGCUCACGGGUACUUUUGCCAGCUCUUAGAUGGCCUUGAAUAUUUGCACAGCCAGGGAAUAGUUCACAAAGACAUUAAACCAGGGAAUCUGCUGCUGACCACAGACGGGGCACUUAAAAUCUCGGACCUGGGAGUAGCAGAGGCCCUUCACCCAUUUGCAGAGGAUGACACAUGUCGCACCAGUCAAGGCUCUCCGGCCUUCCAGCCUCCAGAGAUUGCCAAUGGACUGGACACCUUUUCAGGGUUUAAAGUGGACAUUUGGUCUGCUGGAGUAACACUAUACAACAUUACAACAAGUCUGUAUCCGUUUGAGGGGGACAACAUCUAUAAGCUAUUUGAGAACAUUGGAAAAGGAGACUACACGGUUCCCGAGGAGUGUGGACCCCUCCUGUCGGACCUGCUGCAAGGAAUGCUUGAGUACGACCCUGCAAAGAGGUUUUCCAUACAAAAUAUAAGGCAACACAACUGGGUGCGUAAGAAACACCCUCCGUCUGAGCCCCCUGUGCCCAUCCCUGCCAACGCAGAAAGCCGGGAUCCUUGGCGGAGUAUGACCGUGGUGCCCUACCUGGAGGAUCUGCACGGCUACACAGAGGAGGACGAUGACGAGCUCUACGAUGGAGAGGAUGAGAUCAUAUAUACUCAGGACUUCACAGUGCCGGGACAAGUGGCCGAAGAAGCUUGGGGUCAGGAGCAUGCGGACUACAGUCCAGCUGUAGCCAAGCCAGUUUGUGUGAACGGGACGGAGGGUGGGUCUCUGAACAGCAAGGCCAAAGCCGAACGCCGAUCCUCCUCUUCAUCCAACCCCUCACGUAAAGGAGUCUCCACAGCCAGCAAGAUCCGCAAGCUCUCCACCUGCAAACAGCAAUGACCCCCUCCCCUUCCUCGCUCACCAACAAUUCACGUGGUUGAUCUCUUCCCCGUCCUUCUGUGUCUGGAUUCCUCCCAGUUGUGAGAGAAACCUGCUGACGUUAAUGCCCCCAUACCUCCUUGGACCACUGGCCUGCAGAGUCUUUUGAAGAUGUGGUAUGAGUGACGGGGAGGAGGACAGCAUGAAAAUGUUCUUUUUGCUCUGAGACUGAGGCACUGGCUGUGAAGAUGGUGUUUUUUUGUUUUGUUUUUUCUCUCCCAUAUUUUGGCUCCUUUCAACUCUUGUCAUCCAGUUCUUUCAAAUAGUCAUUUCCCCUCACCAUCCUGUCAUCCUCUUCGGAGGGCCAAGUGUUGCACCGGACGUUACAAACCCCAUCACCCCUGUACCCCCAGCCAUCAACCCCACCUUCUGUUCCUUUGACUACCUUUGUUUUUACAGAACCCUGAUGGCAGUUUUAAGACACAUUGUGAUGUGUAAAAAAAAUUAAAUAAAAAAAAAAAAAAUUAAAGGAAAAUUAAAGAGAAAAAAACAGAUAACACAAGUUAUGAAUAAUUCUAUAUUUAAAUCUAUAAUGAGAAUAAUUAUGAUAGUACUCUACUACCACCAACAUGAAAAAAAAACUGCAUGCUGUACAGAGCUGGAAGAAAGGGAAAGUGGUUUGUGGACAGACUGACAGACUGAAGCUUUGAGAUCCACUGCUGACCUGUUGGGGAUUUUUGAUUUCCAUUUAGUUAUUUUUUUUUUUUUUCUUCUUUUUUCCAAUGAAUAUUUUUUAAUUAUUAUUUAUAUAAAAUAUGUCCCAAACAGGCUAUUUUGUUGGAUGAUCCUUUUUGUUUAAUUUUGGGUUGAGCAUAUUUUUUAUUAUGAAAUACUCCUCAGUGGUUUAUGUCCUGUUUUUUUUUUUUUUUUUUUUUUUUUUUUAGCGUUUUAUUAUUAUUUGACCUGUCCUUAACGAGGUUAUACUUUGAUAGGAAUACUGCACUCGUCUUUCUCUGAUGUUAUGCUUUGAUAGGAAUACUGCACUCGUCUUUCUCUGAUGUCUGCAACUAGAUUGUAGUCCGAUCCCAGAACAUCAAGAGGCCGAUGCGGCUCGGCUGCAGGCGGUGUGCCGUCACCAACACCCAGUCACCUGUUUUCCAGUGAUGCUCUUUGUUGGGCUGAUCACAGCAGCCCUGCCCCCCCCCACCCCUCCCCUCUUACGCAGCCAGGCCCAUCGUCAGCCCCUCGCUGGGAAUAGAUCAGAGAGCAGGUGAGUCACAACUCUGAGGGAGGGAGAGAACAGCGCUUCCCACGUCAGCAAUGUCAACGCAGAGAUUCUCCGUUCAGCAAGACAUACAAGGAAGGAUGAAGAGAUGGCUCGCUUAACAGGCCGAAGAGCAUUUCAGCGGUAUGAUUAGUAAUGUCAGGACCCAUUUUGCUUUCUGUUCCUCAUGGUAAUGAUUCUCCUGUUAAGACAGUUCCUCACACUACAUUAGCUUACAUGAGUAAUAUUACAACAGCAUAAAAUCCCAGCUUGUGGAGUCACUUUUAGUUUUUCACUUCUUUUUUUUAUUUUUUUUUAUUCAGAAAAAAAUGUUUGAUCCAAAAUGAAUAUGCACCUCAGUUGGUCCCAAGAGGUCAAGCCUUUUGUCAAGGCUCCAAGACGUUGAAUUUUCUGCACUACUCGUUUUACAAUAAAGCAGAUGGUUCACCAUGAAUGAGAAUAAAUACAUGAGUUUCAUAACAUACAUACAUAAUACAUACAUACAUACAUACAUACAUACAUACAUACGUACAUACAUACACGUACUGUAGCUCAAACCCAAUUAUGUGACCGGAAAAAGGGACAAGCUGUACCUAUCCUCGCAGUUUCCCAGGUGACCUUAUACAUUUUAACAUGCAGCAACGUUCUCAUGUUGAGAUGCAAUUUGACAUGAAUGCCGAACGAGUAAUUACAUUUCACGUCCAUACCUGCAGACAGAGCGUGAAAAGACAGCUUGUCAACCUGUGAUUUUAACGUGAAGACUGAGGAUGUUCUUAGAGUGUUACUUAACAGAUAGGGCUGCCAAUAUUUUAUAUUUUUCUUAAUGUCAACAAAUAAAGUCAAUAAGGUGUUA